AAGGGGCAUAUAAGAGCGCCGACAUUCACGAUUUUUUUCUUCGAAAGAAGAAAUGAAGCUUCAACAACGAAAUAUCGGAAAAGUUGCUCCGCUUAGACGUACUAUAUAAUAAUCCAAUUUGGAGAAGGGCCAAAUUUCCAAAGCUCGCGUUUGACAAAUGCCCACAUUUUUCUUCCAUCGAGUGUAUACACAGCAUUAUUACUCUAAUCUACAGCUGGGGGCGAAAUUUCAGCACCGAGAGCGCUUUUUGAAGAAGUUUCGACGCAUUUGGGAAAUUUUUUUUUCGCAAGCGUUAAUUGGAUGUAUACGCACGCCGGGAGCGUAUAAUAUAAAGUCAUAUGCGCGCGCGUUUUGGUUAUGAAAUUUGACUUUCGGCGCGUCCCGUGUCCGUUAUAAUACGAAUUUUAAUUGCCUAAACUCAUCCCCCGUUUAUACUCACGAGCACGUGUACCCGCGGUGGUGUUUGACGUUGUCGUUCGAGGGUUUCUGUAUACGUAUAAAGAGCGAUGCUUUGCGUACAAGCGACGUGUUCAUAUCGUACCUUACGAAAUCUCUCAUUGUCAAAAGAAAUGUUCCUUCCUAUUAGAACAAGACCGGAGAAAGUGAAGAGGAUGUACAUUUCGUACACGCGAGAUGACAGUGCAUCGGUGUAAAAGUAUACCACACGAACUUUCAUUGAUCAACGGGAAAAAAUCGGCAGGAAUCAUCUCCACCCACGGGAUCCACGCUCAAGCUGUGCGUAUACAAUCCCCCCACACACCCAUACAUACACACAGGGUUGCAGUUAAGCCCGCUGCGGCGGCGCUGCUCAUACUCGCUUGCGCGAGCGGGAAGCCAUAAGUCCCCGGUAGUGGGACUCGCCGGAGCCGCGGGUGGUGGUGGAAAUAUAAGUGCCGGUCGAGUGCCCGGCUGCAGCCAGUCUUUGCCAAGCGUACCUUCGAUACGAUAAGGUUCGCGCGGCACCUUUCACACUCGACACUCGAGAUAGAGAGAGAGAGAGACAGAGGAGGAUAUCUAUCUUCGUAUAAUAUACAGGAGUCGCGGCGAGAAUCGCGAGUAUACAAGUGUGCGACAGUUUUUUCUUCGUCUUCUUCUUCGCUCCCCUCUCUCGUAGAGCGGGAUAGAGAGAAAGAAUCCUGACCAAAUCCAGACAGGAAGUGCGAGAGAGGAUGAGGUGCGAGUUGGUGCUGCUACUCGCACUGGCGCUCGCCUGUGCCGAGGCAGCGUCGAGUCGCGUGAAGCGUCAGGACGACAAGAAGGAGGAUAGCUUCGAGAACGAGAUCUGCAAGGACAAGGAUGCCGGCGAGUGGUUCAGGCUCGUCGCCGGCGAGGGUGACAACUGCCGUGACGUGAUCCAGUGCACGAGUUCCGGCCUCCAGGCGAUCCGUUGCCCGGCCGGUCUGUACUUCGACAUCGACAAGCAGACCUGCGACUGGAAGGGCGCGGUGAACAACUGCAAGAUCAAGAACAAGGAGCGCAAGGUCAAGCCCCAGCUCUUCACCGAGGAGCCCCUCUGCCCCGAUGGUUCCCUAGCCUGCGGUGACGGCAUCUGUAUCGAGAAGCUGCUCUUCUGUAACGGCGAGAAGGACUGCGCCGAUGGAUCCGACGAGAACGUCUGCGACAUGGACAAUGACCCCAACCGAGCCCCGCCUUGCGAUCCAAGUGUCUGCACCCUGCCCGACUGCUACUGCUCCGAGGAUGGAACCCAGAUCCCGAGCGACCUACCACCUAAGGAUGUGCCCCAGAUGAUCACCAUCACCUUCGACGACGCCAUCAACAACAACAACAUCGGCCUCUACAAGGAGAUCUUCAACGGCAAGCGCAAGAACCCCAACGGCUGCGACAUCAAGGCCACCUUCUUCGUCUCGCACAAGUACACCAACUACUCGGCCGUCCAGGAGAUGCACAGGAAGGGCCACGAGAUCGCGGUUCACUCCAUCUCGCACAACGACGACGAGAGAUUCUGGUCCGAGGCUUCGGUCGACGACUGGGCCAAGGAGAUGGCCGGUAUGAGAAUCAUCGCUGAGAAGUACGCCAACCUGACCGACAACAGCGUCGUGGGUGUGCGCUCGCCCUACCUCCGAGUGGGCGGUAACAACCAGUUCACCAUGAUGGAGGAACAGGCCUUCCUCUACGACUCCACCAUCACCGCAGCCCUCAACAACCCGCCCCUAUGGCCCUACACCAUGUACUUCAGGAUGCCCCACCGUUGCCACGGAAACCUGCAGAAGUGCCCCACCAGGUCCCACGCCGUCUGGGAGAUGGUGAUGAACGAGUUGGACCGUCGCGAGGACCCGGAGAACGACGAGUACCUGCCCGGCUGUGCUAUGGUUGACUCGUGCUCCAACAUCCUGACCGGCGACCAGUUCUACAACUUCCUGACCCACAACUUCAACCGGCAUUACGAGCAGAAUCGCGCGCCUCUCGGCCUCUACUUCCACGCCGCCUGGCUGAAGAACAACCCCGAGUUCCUCGACGCCUUCCUCUACUGGAUCGACGAGACCCUCAAGGACCACAACGACGUCUACUUCACGACGAUGACCCAGGUGAUCCAGUGGAUCCAGAACCCGAGGACCGUAUCCGAGGCCAAGACCUUCGAGCCCUGGAGGGAAAAGUGCGUCGUCGAGGGACCACCAGCCUGUUGGGUGCCCCACUCCUGCAAGCUCACCACCAAAGAGGUUCCCGGGGAGACGAUCAAUCUCCAGACCUGCGUGAGAUGUCCCAACAACUACCCCUGGAUCAACGACCCCACUGGAGAUGGAUUCUAUUAAUCUCGCUUGGGCUAUUUUUUCCACGUUCACCGAAGCGAUUAGCCACUCGAGAGAAAAUGUGAGACACGACAAGACAACACGCGCUCCUGAUACACGUUCGUUCCUCGUCUAAGUCAAGACAAACACACGAUGUGCAGAGAGAGAAAGAAAGAGAAAGAGAAAGAGAGAGAGAGAGAGAGAGAGAGAGAGAGAGAGAGAGAGAGAGAGAGAGAGAGAAAUGAACCAGAUCUCGCGCGUCCGCGCAAGAAGAGAGAGGGAGGAGAUGUUUUUUUUUUAUUUUAUUUUUAUUAUUAAACCCCACUACGCUUCGUGUCGCGAAUUCGAUUUAUUUUUAUUGUCCACUAUACGUAGUGACGCGUACUUUAGAGAAUCGGCGAUCUGCCGUCGGAAUUUUGUUGACCCUCUCGCAGCCUGCCCCCGCUUUCUUCUUUUUUGUGUAAUCAAAUUUAUUAUUUAAACGAGAGAAAGAAAGAGCGAGUUGAAGAAGAAGAAGAUGGCGGACAAGUCGUGCGCCGAGAAAAUGUCCGCGAGUGAGACUCUGUUAAUGUAAUAUAUAUAGACGUACUUGAAACUUUUUUUCUUCUUUGUACUCCUUCGUUUUAUUUUUUUCUUCGUUACUUUUCUUUUUUUAUACGCUGCGUCCGAAAUUUUUCCCUUUUCCCACUGAUUUUCUUUACCCUAUCGACUAUCCUUCCGGCCAAAAGAGAGCCAUCAUCACCAAACCUUACGAUUAUUAUUAAUUAUUGUGUGUGUAUAUUACGAAGUAAGCAGUACAUACUGUUCCCGAGAUAAAACAAUCUGUAAUAAAAAAGACUUUUUAAAAUCAA